UCUACGUGUUGAUAAUGAGCAGUAAUGAAUGAGAGAAAAUGGAGCGACGUGCGGACACGUUGAGAUCCGCGUCUUUUUCGCUUUUUCUAUGUCAGCGAAUAUAAAGCGGCCAGCUUAUCGAUCGCUUAUUGAUGUCACAUCGAGCACGCUCGUGAACCGCGCGUCGUCACAUCAUUUCAUCGCGAAAGUUUCCUUAGAUAUCUGUCGCUUAUAUACACAUACGCAGCAUUCUUGAUUAUAUCGACAAAAUCGAUAUACGGUUGCUCUACGGUCGCGCGUCGUCGCGUCAAGUAUCAGUGCUGUCAGUACUCGGCCUCGGCUCUGCCAGGUUCACUCGCCAAAAGUUCGUUAUGUCGGGCGAGCAUAAGACGGUAAUUAAAUGUCCCUCGGAGUAUGUCAAACUGAACAUCGGAGGCUCGCUCCAUUAUACCACGAUAGGCACUUUGCAAAAGCACGAUACUAUGCUACGUGCUAUGUUUAGCGGUCGCAUGGAAGUGCUCACUGACUCCGAAGGCUGGAUAUUGAUCGAUCGGUGCGGCAAACAUUUCGGGACAAUCUUGAAUUUUUUACGGGACGGUUCAGUUCCAUUGCCGGAAAGUACGAAAGAAAUGGCAGAGUUAUUAGCUGAAGCAAAGUACUACUGUAUCAGUGAGUUGGCUGAGUCGUGUGAACAAGCGCUCCUUCGGAAAGAGCGCGAAGCAGAACCCAUCUGCAGAGUCCCCCUCAUUACUUCUCAGAAAGAAGAGCAGUUACUCAUAAGCAAUACUACUAAGCCUGUAGUCAAGCUACUUAUUAAUAGGCAUAACAAUAAAUAUUCUUAUACGAGUACAUCAGAUGACAAUCUACUAAAGAACAUAGAAUUAUUUGACAAAAUGUCACUUAGAUUCAGUGGUAGAGUGUUAUUUAUCAAAGAUGUCAUCGGCUCAAGUGAGAUUUGCUGUUGGACAUUUUACGGACACGGUCGUAAAGUGGCAGAAGUCUGCUGCCAUUCAAUCGUCUAUACGACUGAUAAGAAGCAUACAAAGGUUGAAUUCCCGGAAGCUCGAAUAUACGAGGAAACAUUGAACAUUUUGUUGUACGAGCAUCGAAAUGGUCCAGAUCAGGAGUUGAUGCAGGCGACGUCCUCGCGCGGCGUGGUACCCUGCACGUCCGACGAAGAGGAGGGUGAGCGUUCAGGCUUGGCUCGCCUUCGCUCCAACAAACAAAACACCAACUGACCCAGUCUUGUUCUCCUCAGUCCACCGCAUACCGCGAUCCUCAGCGUCGUUCGUUCUUUCAAAACACGAAUCAAUAUAAAAUAAAACAAAACAGGAAGUAUACCAAGCACAAACGCCACAUGAUACUUGGUUAUCACCUGUCGUUCGAGUCUUCUUUUUUUCUUUUCCCCUUUCGUCUCUGUGCGUGGAACACUAGAGGAAACCUAGAGUUAAACUUUGAUCGGACUAUCAUCUCGAUACAUUUCUCUUACAUCACAAUCUUAAUUUCGCGCACAAUUAUGUGCUCUGAUUGUUGAAAAUACAUCUGUAAGAAAACACUCAUCGACCCCGUUAUUAACAUAAAAUGGAAUGACAAAUUUGUCUUUAAAUUUUUUCGUCUUUGCUAUACUUGCUAUACAAGCGUAUUUAUAAAUGUAUAUAAAUGUGCAAAUAAGAGAGAAUGGCAUCUUUUAUUAAUUUCAUUCUAUAAAUCAUAUAAAUGUAAACGCCCUACGCGUUUACUAUUCAUGUGCCAAAUUGUUACAUUAAAUCUAUGACAGGAAUAAGUCCAAGUUGCCAUUCUGCGACUGAUAAAAUUAUUUAUGAAUUUAUACUCUAUAACAACUUUUAAGCAGUCAUUUAGAUUAAUCAAAUUUAUGAAAAGAUUUUUGUGAAAACUAGAACUGCGUUGUUACUUGUUGUAUAAGUAUUAUUAUUUUAUUAUUCUCAUUAUCAUUAUCAUUGUCUCGUCAUCAUCAUUAUUGCAUUAUUAUGAUUAAUUGUCAUAAUUAUUAGUUACUAUUAUUGCUUAUUAUUUCUACAUUAUUGUCAUUACAGUAAAACCCUCUUGUGUUUAUAUAUAUUUUCUUAUAAAUUUGCAUAAUUUGAUAUUUCAAUAAAUGAUUAAAAUAUAUUGUGUUAUUUAUUUUUUCUGUAAAUCUCUAGAAUACUAUUAAACUGCUUAAAGGGUGAUGUGGAGUACACACUGCCAUUAAAUAACAAAUCAAAAAUAAUAUCAUUUAGAAAUGAUUUUAAGGAGACGCGUUUAAACACUCGUCUUUGUUAUUUCGAUUGAAUUAGAGAUAUUAAACGUAAAAAAUGUUAAAUUACAUAUGUUUAAAGCUUUCCAGCUUGAAUAAAUAUUACAAUAUAGUAAAAUCCGGAUAAUUUUGGUAUUUUUUCAGACUAUUAUUUACCAACACUAUCGUAUCACUUUUAUAUCAUAAUAGCUCACGUGACAACAUGCGCAGCGUCAUACUUAAUCUCAUGUACUCAUUUGACACUCCGUAUGAAGGGAGUACUCGAAUAUUUCCCUUCUCCAGCCCCUAGAUUGCAAAAGUUAUCCGGAUCUUACCGUUAGUAUAUGUGAUAUAAUAUAUCUGAUUUUGAAUAAACGAACUUAUUUUGAAUUUUUUAUUUUCCGAUGUCAUUUCAAAUAUAUAUAAUUUACCUGCUGUCGUAAUUGAUAUAGCGACUAUAGCGAUCAUUAUUCUACCCACUUUCACUUAGGAAUCUCUCGAGUGACAUUUGGAACCAAAGCGUUUCGGAAAUCAAUGCGAAUAAAUAUUUACUGACCAUAAAUAUGACGAUGGAAAACUAUAAUUUUUCAUUUUGCGAUAGAGUAAUAAUAAGAGAUAAGUUUGCUCAAUUUUCCGAAAGUGUUAAAUGAGUAAAGAUGGAAUGUACAGAAACAAUUACAGGCUCUGUGUGAUCUAUAUACUGGCAUAAAUAUAUUAUAUAUUAAAAUAUACAAAGAAAAAAAUAUAUGUAUAUAUACCAUAUAUAUUUUUUUGCGUGUUUUUUUAAAAUACGAUCUGUAAUCCCCUCAAAAAAUUAAUAAAGGGACCACUUGUAUUGCGCGUUACAUGCCUGCAUUGUAGAAUUCAUUCAUAUCUGUAAUAUGUAUGUUAUAUAUUGAAUCGAAUAUAUCUAUGUUGAAUAAAAUAAUUUAUAAGUUU